GAUAUUGGGAAUUUCCUACCUCUUCCAGACUGGGGUCGGCGUGCUGGGCAACACAACGAUGUUCUUGGUGUACCUCUCCAUCUCUGUGGCUCAGCCCCAGCAGAAGAAGCACACAGACCUGAUCCUCACCCACCUGACGGUGACCAACACGGUGACCCUUCUCACGCGGGGCGUCCCAGAGAUGAUGGUGGUCUUUGGGAUGAAGAAUAUUCUGGAUGACGUUGGGUGCAAGGUAAUCGUGUAUGUGAGGAGAGUGGCUCGGGAUCUGUCCAUCUGCUCCACCUGUCUCCUGAGCGUGUUCCAGGCCGUCACCAUCAGUCCCGGCACCUCCUGGUUGUCCCGGUUCAAGCCCAGAGCCCCCCAUUACAUCCUCCCUUCCUUCUUCUUCUUCUGGCUCCUGAAUAUGCUGAUCUCCAUCAAUAUAAUUGAAUCCGCUAAAGCCGUUAGAAACGGCAGCAACACGGAAAAUACUUACAUCACGAAAUACUGUUCUACUAUACCCAAGAGCAGUGACGUUACCGUCACUCUAACUUUAACUUGCAUGACUUUCCGAGACCUCGUCUUCGUGUUCCUCAUGAGCUGGGCCAGCGGCUACAUGGUGUUCGUGCUACACCGACACCAAGGACGAGUCCGGCACAUCCACGGCACCGGCCGCUCCCCGAAAUCCUCCACGGAGACCCGAGCCAUUCACACCAUCCUCCUCCUCGUCGGCUGCUUUGUUUCCUUCUAUUGCAUCAACGGUCUCAUCACCCUUCAUUUGAGCUUCUUGAAGGAUCACGACACUGAACUUCAGAGUGUCAUGAACUUCCUGUCGACGUGUUUUCCCUCGCUCUCCCCCUUGGUGUUGAUCUGCCGAGAUCCCCGUUUCCCCUGGCCCCAGUGCGUCCUCGAGAUGACGAGUUGUUUCGGUCCUUCCGUGGAACACAGGGAUCAACGUAUCGCCACCCGGACCUUUUCUGUCUCCAAGUUUCCCCAGGAAAACGUCUGCCUCCGGGCAUGA